CAUCCGACUGUGUUUUGGUGGUACAUUAGCAAAUCGUUUGUGCGGCGUGACAGAGGAGAUCCAUUAAAAUCCACAUUAAAUAACCCGCUUUUAAAUAUAAAAAUAAUAACAAGAAUGGCAGAUAAAGGAGAGGUGGAUUUAACUGGGACAAAACAAAACACGGGUGUUUGGCUGGUCAAAGUCCCAAAGUAUUUGUCACAACAAUGGGCCAAAGCAACAGGGAGAGGAGAAGUUGGAAAGCUCAGAAUUUGCAAGAAUCAAGGCAAAGCAGAGGUGUCCUUUACACUCAACGAGGAGCUGACCACCAUAGACGGCAUAGGGGAUAAAUCCUCUAAGGUACGAGCCCCUAGAGAACAUCCAUUCACUCUGCAGACUGUUGGUGGACAGACCCUUGCUGUUUUUACUGAAAAUUCUUCAGGGCAGUCAGACGCUGAGGCCAGCGGCUCAGUUACAGGUACAGGCCCAGACAAAAUUGCACUAGAAGGAGUGGUGGUGCAAAGAGCUGAAUGUAGACCGGCAGCUAGUGAGAACUACAUGAAGCUUAAGAGACUGCAGAUUGAGGAGUUAUCCAAACCCCUCAGGUUCUCUCAACAGCUCGAGAAGGCUGUUACCACCAAUUACAAACCUGUGGCUAAUCAUGCCUAUAAUCUGGACUAUGAGAAGAGGAAGAAAGAAGAAGGAAAGAGGGCAAGAGCGGAUAAACAGCAGGUCUUGGACAUGCUGUUCUCUGCGUUUGAGAAACAUCAGUUUUAUAACAUCAAGGAUCUAGUGGACAUCACAAAACAGCCUGUGGUUUACUUAAAAGAGAUUCUUCAUGACAUUGGGAUCUACAAUAUCAAAGGCACUCACAAAAACACCUGGGAGCUCAAACCGGAGUACAGACACUAUCAAAAUGAAGAAAAGAGUGACUGAUUGUUUUUUUUGUCGCGUUGAUAUACAAUUUUAUACUAUUGAACUCCGUGACUUUCAAAACCUGUUUUGAACCAUUACCCUACCAAAUAAGUACACAAUGUUGUUGUUUCUGGAUUUCUUCAAGAAUUAUUCCAUUACUGUUUUUAGAAGUGUAUUGGAAACAUUUUUGGAGUUUUCCAAAGCUAAGUUUUAUUAUGAUAACCCUUAUAUUUUUGGAUUCAUAUGAGAAACCACAAUAUAAUCUUUAGUCAUCAUGACUGAAGGUUUAAAGAACCUCUAACCUUCACCAGUUCAGACUUGGUGUGUAUAAAACAGGUGAUGUUAUAUGCUUACUGAUAAUGGUAAACUUAUUUUUUUGUUGAUAAUUGUUUAACAGGCUUUUAUUUUGUAUGGUAUAUCAUUUUAUUAAAUGCUGUUGAAAUAAAGGAUUUGGUACCAAAAAGUGAUUUAUAU